AUGGUGAAUUGGUUCGGCACAGAGCUCGGCAUGGACCGAGUCGAGGAGGCGGUGAACCUGUUCGACAAGUGGGACACGCGCGGAUCGGGCCGGCUCAACAAGGCGCAGUUCCUGCGGCUCAUGCAGCAGGUCAUCGGCGCCAACAAGUUCGCGCGCGGCCCCAUCUACCAGCGACUCGUGGAGCUCUCGUUCGACUAUGUCGACACCGGCAAGAAGGGAUCGCUCGACAAGCGCCAGUUCCUCAUCAGCUACAACCUCCUCUUCUCCAACGAGCGCAAGCAGAUGGCCCUCCUCCUCACCAAGGACUUCAAGGGACUUACUGUGGAGGAGAUCGAGGACGGCCUCAAGAAGUUCGAGCAGCAGGAGAAGGUCGACAUGGACGAGUUCUACCAGCUCAAGGAGGAGCUGGACGACAACUUGAAGCGAAUUCUGAAGCAGAUCCUCAACAUCGUGGAGCCGGGCGCAGCCGACACCAAGAUCGUGUCCGCCUUGAAGACCUCGCUCGAGUGUCUUCCCGUCGAGGAAGUCAAGCCCUCGACGCCAGUCACUGCGACCGCCGCCACCUCGACGGCCCCUCGUCCCGUCGGACAGGCGCCUCCCUCGCAGCGAGCACUCAAGAAGGCCUGCGGUGUCGACGCCGAUCUGCAGGGCGUCGAGGUGUUCAACAUCAUCAAGACCAAGGUGGAGUACCAGACCGGGUUCAAGGCCAGCCCGCCGCGUGCGGUCAUCGUGGGCAGCGGACCCGGUGGUCUGCGCACGGCCAUCGAAUUCGCGUUCCUGGGCGUGCGCGCCACCGUGCUCGAGAAGCGAUUGGACUACUCCCGAAACAACCUUUUGCACAUAUGGCAUUCCUCCAUUCGCGACCUCAAGAACAUCGGCGCCAAGUACUUCUACCCCCAAUUUUGCACCGGUGGCAUCAACCACAUCGCCAUUCGGUCGCUUCAGAUUUUGCUGUUGAAGGUGGCGCUUCUUCUCGGCGUCAAAUUCCUGCCCGGCGUGGGCUACGUCAAGACGGACGACUCCCGGCACAGGGCCAAGCCGCAGUCGGGCCUGUGGCAGGUGGUCGUGGCCGCGCAGGGCAAGCCCGACUUUGUGGACUACCGCGACGACGACCUGGCCGCCAACAUCAUCGUCGGCGCCGACGGCGAGAACUCGCUCGUGGCCAAGGACUUUGAAUUUGAACGAAAAGUCCUGCAGGGGAGCAGGGCGAUUGGCAUCACGGCCAACUUUGUGAAUACGCACACGUCGGCGGAGAACCAGAUCAAGGAGUUUGGUAUUCUGCGAGUCUACAACCAGCAGUUCUUCAACGAUCUCAACACUAAGUACGGCAUCGACCUCGAGAACCUGGUCUACUACCGAGGCGAGACGCACUACUUCGUGAUGACCGCCAUGAUCAAGAGCCUGCUCGACAAGAAGGUGCUGAGGGAGAUGCAGACCGACGCCUCGUUGCUGCUCUCGCGAGACAACCUCGACGUCCAGAAGUUGCGAAGCUUUGUCACCGAAGUCGCCGAUCACACCGGUCUGCCGAGCACGUGUCCGUUUGCGCCCAACCACGCGGGAGCCGAGGACGUGGCCAUCUUCGACUUCUCCAAGAAGCAGCAGUCCAUCACCCCCUUCAAGAUCGUCGGCGACCAGGAGGGGAACAAGCUGCUCGUGGCGCUGGUGGGCGAUGCCCUGAUCGAGCCCUUCUGGCCCCUGGGCACCGGUGCCAACCGGGCCAUCCUCUCGGCCCUGGACACCACGUGGAUGGUCAAAGGCAUGUACGGGAAUGGAGCGAAGCAGGUGAGCUGCGCGCAGCUGAAGCAGCUGGAGACGCAGUGGCAGGACUCGUUCAAGAUCAUGAUGAACAGCAGCCCCGACGACCUGGUCUCCAACUUUGGCCUCCACACCAUCGACCCCAAGACGCGCUACAAGAAGAACUCCAUGUCUCGCUUCCACUGA